AAAAAAAUGGAAGUGAAAAGAGAUGAAGGUAUAAGAAAAGGUCCAUGGAAGGCAGAGGAAGAUGAAGUGUUGCUAAACCAUGUGAAGAAGUAUGGUCCUAGAGACUGGAGCUCCAUUCGAUCCAAAGGCCUCUUGCAGCGGACCGGAAAGUCGUGCCGCCUUCGUUGGGUCAAUAAGCUUCGACCCAACUUGAAGAAUGGGUGCAAAUUUUCAGUAGAGGAGGAGAGGGUUGUGAUAGAGUUGCAGGCACAGUUUGGGAACAAAUGGGCGAGAAUCGCUACGUAUCUGCCCGGAAGAACUGAUAAUGAUGUGAAGAAUUUUUGGAGUAGCAGGCAGAAAAGGCUGGCAAGGAUUCUGCAGACUUCAGGGACAGCCAACAAACCACAGAAAAACAAAAGGGCGGUUCAGACUUGUCAUGAUGUUUCUGCUUCGCAGGCUGCAAAGUUCAGUUCUUCAUCUGAGGGAGAAUCUUCAUCAAAGGCUCAAUCAGGCUCAUCAUCCUGCAUAGAGAACUAUGAAAUGAUCAAAAUGGUGCCAUUGACGGAUCUUCUUAACUCGAACUUGGUUUAUUUUGGAAAAGACCUUGCACAUCAAGAGUUGUCCCAGGAUGAGAAGAACUCAUGCACUGAGUCCCAAUCACAAAUCCCAUUUUCUGAAAUCCCACAACCCAAACCAGAGCUCACAUUCUCACCAGAAAGUCAAGAACUCUUGGCUAAACUUGAAGACCCCAACAUUUUUGAUAUGUUUGGAACAUUGGAUGCUUGUGAACUUGGAAAUGGAGCACAACUUCCCAUUGGGGCACAAUUAUUUGAACCAGUAGGAAGUUGUAGAAGUGAUGCUAAGGAAAAUAUUGACGACCCCAUUACCCCAGACAGCUUCUUUGAUGACUUCCCAACAGAUGUGUUUGAUCAUAUUGAGCCUCAUCAAAGCCCCUCAGAGCGAUAAUUUGUCAUAGCCAUUGUUGUUAUUUUCUGGUGUUAGAGGCUGAACUUUGUAGUUGUGACUUUUAGUUAGAAAUUGACAAGGUCCUUGUGGCAUUGUA